AAAACCAAACCAAACACUGAUUCCAAAUUCCAAUGUUAGAUUUUGAUAUUUUGGAUCCUAUCCCACACUGGGAACUUGCAAAUGGAUAAGCUGUUAAUUCUUUUUAGCUAGGCACAUAAACACAAGUAAAGAAGUGCACAAUUACAAUUACAAUGGCCACUGCAGCACUCUGCCAAUUGCACUCUUCAUCUUCUUCUUCCCUCUGCCAUGUAUCUUCUUCUUCUUCUUCUGCUGCUGCUUCAGUAUGUGGUAGAGUUUCAUGCAGAGCACCUCAGCCUCAGGUUCAUCUUUCAGUUUCAGCAUCUUCACCUGACAAAACAAUAUUCCAGAUUGAGAAUUCUGGUGUCAUAGCUUGCCUCAGAGCUAAAAGUGCAGAAAUGGCCUAUGAAGUUGCAAAUGCUGCAAUAGCAGGUGGCAUCUCAGUUUUGGAGAUUGUGGUGUCAACCCCAGGUGUGUUUGAGGUUCUAAACCAGCUGGUCAAGGAGCACCCGACUAUGGCACUCGGAGUUGGGACUGUUCUCAGGAUUGAGGAUGCAAAAGCUGCAGUCAAUGCUGGAGCAAAAUUUCUGAUGAGUCCAGCAAUUGUUAAGGACGUGAUGUAUUACAUUCAGAAUGGUGAAGUUUUAUACAUUCCUGGCACAAUGACUCCAACUGAGAUAUUGUCUGCAUGUGAAGCAGGAGCUAAAAUUGUCAAGAUUUAUCCGGUUUCUGCACUUGGAGGAUUUCAGUACAUAUCAGCAAUCAAGAAGCCUUUUCCUCAUGUCUCUAUGGUUGCUUCUCAGGGGAUAAAUAUAGACUCUAUUGAGGAAUAUAUUUCGCGGGGAGCAUCGGCCGUUGUUCUGUCGGACGCCAUAUUCGACAAAGAGGCGAUCGCGCAAAGAAAUUACCAAAAGAUACAAAAACUUGCACAUUCUGCAGCCUUGCUGGGUAAUAAAGCUGUAAAUAGGUGACAUUAUUAAUUUGUAUACCUUCAUAAUAUUUUUUGGUGGUUAAUCUCAUGUUUCUGCAUAAUAGUUCUUUAAAUAUGCUACUACAUAUACUUUAGUUCAUUUUCAUAGAAACUUAGAACAAGAUUUUGUAGAAAUUGUAUCAGAUUUAAAAGAAACAAGCCACUCAAUUGAGAGAGAUCACUAAGAGUGAGGUAACAUGAAUUAUGAGGUUACUUGCUAUACAAGAUUCUAGGCUUAUAUGCAAUGAAUUCUU